CUAUCAUGAAAAGAUGAUCUAUCUGUUAAUGAGAGUUGUUAAUUUUGAUGAUACCAUAAGAUAUAUUGGUUUUUUGCAGUGUUAUAUAUAAGUAAAAUACAGAUUUGAUUAUUGAUUCUGUUAAUUCACUUUAUGGUAAAAAUUAUCGUUUUUAAAGGAAAACAUUAAAUAUUAAAUGAAAUAAGUUUACUUUAUUUCCAUUUUGGUCUUGUCAUCCUAUUGUGCUUCAUUUUUGGAAGAGCAACCAGGAAUGCAGAAUAAAAUUUAUUCAAUAAAAUUGGAGCGAACUCAAUCUUAGGCCAGAAAAUCGUUUUUCGAUUUCAUUACAACAGGAUAGCAUUUUAGAUCUAAGAGUGAUAUAUUGGAUGACAUUGCAUUGACAUAAACAACACAGAAGGAGAGCAUAAAAUUAUAUAAUUUUAAAAAUACUUAAUAUACUGGUGAAAUUAGUUUUGGAGGAUAAGAAAAUAAAUUUAAAGUAGAAUAAAUUACUAAAAUAGGUUAUAUUUGAUACUGGAUCAGCAAAUAUUUGGUUGAAUUCAGCUAGAUGUCACGAUUACGGCUGCAAGAAUCAUAAACAAUAUGAUGGUUAAAAGAGUUUGACUUAUGAGCAUUUAGGUUAUGAUUUAGAUGUUGAAUUUGGAACUGGUGAAUUGAUGGGGGAGGUAAAAAAGAUAAAUAAAUUAAAAGAUCAAUGCAGAUACUGCCUAUAUUGGAAAUGUUAAGAUUAGAAAAUAAGAGUUCGCAGAAAUAGUUAGGGAAAAUGGAGAUGUAUUUGCUUAAUCUGAUUUUGAUGGUAUAGUAGGUUUAGCAUAUCCAACAAUGGCUGCUUAUCAUUUUAAUCCAUUAUUUGAUAAUAUCAUGCAAUAAAAGUUGUUGGAUAGGAAUGUGUUUUCAUUCUACUUUUCAAGAUAAGAGAACUCUAGAACCUCCGAACUAACUUUGGGAGGAUGGAAUUAAGAUCAUUUUGAAGGUGAAUUGCAUUUUCAUAAUGUGGCCAAUAAGUAUUACUGGCUAUUGGAGGCUAAUAACAUUUUGGUGAAUGGAAAGGAUGUUGGAUUAUGUAAAGGAGGUUGCAGUGUUAUAGCAGAUACUGGAACAUCAUUAAUAACAGGUCCAUCUGAUGAUUUAUAUGAUUUGAUUGAUACUCUUAAUAUAGACGAUAAUUGCAAGAAUCUUAAAGAAUUACCAACCUUAACUUUUGUGUUGGAUGGAAUUCAUUAUGAUCUUGAUGCACAUGAUUAUGUAAUGAAGAUAGAUUCAUAUGGAAAUGAAGUAAAUACUUUUAUAAUAUCAAUAGGUUGCAUAUGGAUCCUUUGCAUCUACAGACAGCUUCUUGGAAAUGGGUGCAGGUUGUGAAUGUAUUGGAACAUUUAUGCCCUUAGACAUCCCUUUCCCUCAAGGGCCAGCUUGGAUUUUGGGUGACACCUUCUUAAGCAAAUAUUAUUCUGUUUAUGAUAGAGAUAACGAUAGGGUUGGCUUUGCUAGAUCAAAAUGAACAUAACUUUGUAAUCAAAAGUCAUUCAUUAUUUUUUCUUAAUAAAAAU